AUGGAGCCUUCUCGGCCAUCAUCAGCAGAAUACCGUUACGACGCCGAAGACGUUGGACUUCUUUCAUGGCGUGAACAGCCCAGUCACAGUCGAGGCGGCAGCCGGUUCCUGCAAGCCAUCCACAGCUGGUCACCCAACGGCCUGAACUCGCUUCUGAGGCGAGCUGAGAAGACAGGCCAUCACUUGCUCUCUUCGAUAGGCUGCUGUUCUCCGGCAAGACGAGGAGGUGCCAGACUAUCGAGAACCCACCGCUUGUUACGGCUUGUUGGGUUUCUGGUCUGGUUGUUCAUUGUUGUAUCUGCGGCCGAGUCGGUCUUCUUGCCUUCGUAUCAGACUCCGCCAAAGCACUACGCUGAUUUGCGUGAGAAGAUCCUCAGCAGCACGCAGCCUGGCCGAGGGAACCCAGGGAACGAGAAAAUUUUCAUAGCCAGUAAUAUCGUGCAGGAGGGGAUGAUUCGAGGCCCCUGGGGGAGCUCACUCAUCGAAUUAGUCGAUAUCCUCGGUGAAGAUAAUGUUUUUGUCAGUAUCUAUGAGAACGAUAGCGGGAAUGGGACAGGAGAUGCCCUGAGAGAGCUGGCCGCACAACUACCAUGUAAUUCAUCAGUCGUCACAGGAGACCAUGUAUCCCUUGAUGGCUUCCCCAAGACCAUCCUCCCUUCUGGGGACGAGCGGGUAAAGCGUAUAGCCUACCUGGCUCAGAUCCGCAACCAAAUGCUGGAACCGCUUAAUUCAUCAUAUAUGCUAUCUGGAGGCCAUGCUGAGAGCGGGUUUAAUCACGUUAAAGUGAGAUUUGAUCGUGUCUUGUUUCUGAACGACAUCUACUUCUCCGCCAUCGACGCAGCUCAGCUACUAUUUUCAACCAACGUAGACGAGAGUGGGCACGCUCAAUACCGAGCAGCAUGUGCCGUCGACUUUGUGUCCAAGGUCAUGUUCUACGACACCUUUGUGGUUAGAGAUGCUGAAGGCUACAGCACUGGCCUGAUGUUCUUUCCCUGGUUUGCACCUGUUGGACAGGCAAGGAGCAGAAACCAGGUGCUGGAAGGGUCUGACGCAGUUCAGGUCCGGAGCUGCUGGGGAGGGAUGGUCGUUUUCCAGGCAGAGAUGUUUCAGGAUUUCUCAACGGCCGACUCGACAAGCCGCCUUGUCAGCCAGUUUAGGCACGAGCCCGAGCCAUUCUGGGAAUCCUCCGAGUGCUGUUUAAUCUUUGCAGAUUUGGAAGAUCAGUUUGGGGAGCCAGACGUUGCGAACCGGACUGGGGUCUUCUUGAACCCGUUCAUUCGAGUGGCCUACUCGCAGAAUACUUGGAAGUGGCUUGCGUUCUUUAGGAGAUAUGAACGUAUCUUUGCAAAUAUGCAGUAUAUUGUCAGCAAGCUGGCCUAUCCAGAGCAUAACCCACGACGAACUCAUGUUGCCGGACAGAGAGUGAAGGAUAGUGUGUGGCAGAGUAACGCAGACGGUCAGCCGGGAGGUUCGUUCCAGACGAUCCAGCGAAGGGCAGCUCCCGGAGGCUAUUGUGGGCAGAGACGGAUGUUUGUCAUGGACGAGGACGUAGAGAAGGCAAACAAGAAUGGAGCAAAGAACUGGGAGAAAAUACCUGUUCCAUGA